ACUUGGCGCGACGCCGUAGCAGCCGCUAAGACAUCGGACAAGAAAUAUGUCAUUACCUCGCCCAAUGUCGACUACGUGCCCCUGCCCGUUUUGGGUCGGAUCGAGGUGUUCGUGAGGUCGGACGGACGAUACGGGAUCGAGGAUCCUGAUCCCCGCCAAGCCAUAUGGUGGACUCCGAGUGCGAUUGACUUUUCACGCUUCGACAACUGCGUCGUCUUCGGUCUCGGGAAGCUACUCAAGGAGUGUCUCAAGCCGCUGGCUUCCUUAGUGGCCUCCUGCAGCGAACGCACUUCCCGCUACUGCUUCGAGCACAAGCCCCCGCGAUGCAGGAUUCAUUAUCUCGAGAGUUCGAUGCGUCUAGCUAUGGGCCGUCUACUCGACAUACCCGCCACCUUUCGCGAUACUGUCAUCCAAGUAGCAAGCCUGCAACGGUUUUGGCUCGAAUGCAUGGCAUGGCUGGACUGGAUGGAGUGUUGUCAAGAUGCAGCGGUCGUGGCUGACAUGAAGAGACCGUGUGCCGUCAAACGCGGAGUUAUCGGUGCAUUCACGAAUGAUCCCUCCACUGUACAACGACUCAGCGCAACGGGGAUUCCUGUCUGGUUUCUACGCUUUCCAGAGCAGAUCGUUGGCCAGAACGAGCUUGUCAUCCGUAAAGUGGUGCCCAUAGAGCCAGCGAGCUCCGUCGUGACAAACGGCGAUCUCAUCGGGAAACGUGUCUACGUUGGUCUCGUCGGAGAAUCCCACAUAGCGUCGCUGGCGCGUACUCAGCACAUCUACAACGAUUUCGAAGUGACCCCGAUGCCAGAUGUGGAGCAAGUAACAAUGCCAGCGUACCCAGAUGGCAGCUCACGCUACAAACCUUAUCCUGUUACCUCUCCGAGGCAAACUCACGCAGGCCGCGUGGCCCUUGGAGCCGAUUUUUCCCCCAUGAUCGACCCCCUCUUGCCACCUCCCAUUCCCGGGUUCGCCGCGGCAGCUAAAACCACUCGAUAUAAUCACAUCAGUGCGAAGGGGAAAUGGGGCUAUUUCUUACCCCGAUCAGACUGGUUCCUGGGGGUCAAGGACGAGCAAAAGAGGCAACGAUACCUUUCAGCCUGGCUUGAUCUCCGAGUCCCGUGGAUGUAUGUCCUCAGCUGUCGCAACGCGACAGUUCCUCGCACUCUUUCGUCGCAGCUCUGGCGCGACUAUCUCCAGAAUGCUCGGGACGUCCUUUCCUCGGGCAGCACCACGACUCGUGCCGGUGAACGACGAUCUCAUCUCGCCGCCAUCUUAACGAAGGUUUUACCUCCCUCGGCACUCAGCGCUCGGACCGGCGGCACCAUCCAGUGGAUGGAGCAUAGCUUUGACGGCCACAUGCCCUCUCGGCUUUGGCCACAAGUCUUGUGGGAGCUUCACGAAGUCGCCUUUCGGUACGAAUUGCUGGAAUUAGACCGGGUUAUGGUCCCGAAUGCAGCACGCUCAGGGCCAGAUGCUGAAUCCGAAGAGGUUACGCGUGAGGCGUUGAUUUGUGCCAUCUUCCCUGGAGCAUGCAGCUUGCAGGUCUCUGAUCUCGCUGCUGCCCAGCAAGGCCUUGCCUCCGAACAACGUGGCGAACGUGGUAAGGCACUGGAUAGGUGGCUUCACGUCGUGCGGCGAUGGCCCCGCUGUCCUGAUUCUCUGCGUAACUGCACCAGGCUUGAGUACCAGUUCGCGGAAGGACAGAUGAACUACGUCGAACGAGUUUUAGUGCAUUAUUAUGUGGAGACGUUUUUCGAAUGGGCCGGCCGUCUUCCUGUCCUUCCUCGACGUUACCCCUAG